AUGAUAUGGGAUACAGGCACGUAUUCAAUUUUGCCUCGUCGCAGCAAGUAUGCUCCUGCCCUCGACCCGGACUCUGGCGAGUCCGCCGACGAAACUACAGUGGAAUCGUCGCCAGCGGCGACACAACAGUCUCUGCUACACGCCGCCUUUCAGACUCGGAAAAUCAAGAUCCGUCUUCAUGGCACCAAGCUCCCAGAUCCAUAUGUGAUAUACAUACGCCUCACCAAGGGGGAGGACGCUGCCGGCCGUGCCAAAGCCAGCGGUACCAAGAAGUCAAGGCGACGCCGCCGACGAGGGGUCAAGCCCGCAGAAGCAAAUGAGCCAGAAACAAGUUCCGACGAGGUAGAUCAGCGACAGGGCUCCGAUGUAGACGUUGUGCGCGCAACCAAUUCCCAGCUUGCGCAAGAAGAUGCCGCGGCGAUGUCGGCGCUAGAAAAAGAGCUGCGCGAGUUGGAGGACGACGAGGUGCGCCGCACAAACGCAUAUAAAGGAGCGACAAACUCGAUCGGUAGUGUUCACCAGCGCAAAUGGUACUUGUCUCUGGAAAGAGAUUUGUCUGGCUUUCUACCCACCAAGUCAACCAAAUCAGGGAGCAGCCGCGUCAUCUGGCAGCCAAAAACCGGUGUGGCUGACGGAACAGGACAGCUUGGCGAAGCGAAUGCAAGACCGCGCCUGUCAUACCCAUUCUAUGUUCGUGGUAGAGAAUUUGAACAGAGUGUCGUCACUGGUCGUCUUGGCGCCGACAUCCUUCGUGACGAACGUGUCGAUGGCGUUGUGCCCAGGAUGGGCUGGAAGCCUGUGAUCAACUAG